AUGGGGGUGGAGGUUAUGGGUGGGGGUUUGGUUGGGGGAUGGGGUGGUGGUGGCGGUGGUGGGGGCGGCGGCGGUGGAGGUGGAGGUCGCGGCGGUGGAAACAAACGAGGAGGAGGUGGAGGAGGAGGCGGUGGUGGAGGUGGUGGAGGUGGCGGAUGGUGGAGAUGGGGGUGUCAGAAUCACCCAAGAAAGAAAAGUCAUAGCCAUCAAAAUUAUUACGUUAUUGGGGAAUUUGCGCAAUGUAUGGGCGGAGGGAGAUGUAAAGGGAUGAAACUAGACUGCCCACUUCAUUGUGGCGGUCCAUGUUUCUACGACUGCACUUACAUGUGCAAACCUCAUUGCCGCCGCAAACCAUAACUCCCUCUUGUCGCAAGUUUGUUUCCCCAAUUUCUUCAUUUUCAUAUCAUAUUUUGUUCCAUUGAAUUGCAAGUUUUGCCGAACUUAUUUCUCACUCAUUUUUGUUAUGCCAAAGCAAUGUCUAAGGCCCCGAGGGUCAUUAAGAACGCACAUCGACAGUGUCUAAUUUCUUGUUUUAGUCUUCCUGAUUUCGUUUGUUCGGGUUUCAUAUGUGGUUAAUUUUGUUUAUGGAAAGAGUCUCUUGUUAUGUUAGUAAUUCAUAAUUGUUCUAAGAAAUAGUGUAGGUUCUCUAUUUGUAAAAGGAUUUGGUGUACGAAUGCACAUUAAUGUUUGAUGUU